CAGAGUGGCAGGCAGAAACCGCUAGAUGUUAGGAAUUACGGGCGACCCGGACUCGCACCUCCGUUAUUCACACACGCAGUUACUCCCAGGAUUUAUUUUAAAUAAGCACCGGGAUCCAGCUACUGGGCACGGCGGGCUAGGAACGCGCAAGCUUGUUGCAUCUUACGAGGAAAAGGCAGCGUCUUGUCAAAUCCCGGUGUUAAGAAAUGAACGUGUACAUUUUGUAGGCGUGCGCUCUUUCAAUUAAUUGCAUUUUUUGGGCUCCAGUGAAAAGCCGAGAAAUUACUACAAAGAAGUAAAUAUCCGUUUAUGUUGCUUGGCUUUGCUGUGUUUUUUCUAUUUUUGGCGAUACCGGUGUCGAUUUAUUAGACACUUGAAGAAAAAAAUUUGCGCACGUUUAGAAAUGACAGAAAAAGCCUUAAUUUGAAGGAAGCAUUUUCCAUCCAGUUUUUAUAUUAAACCGUUAAAUUGCUUCAACUGAAACUUAAAACGGACCACAUUCUUUUAAUAUGACUUAAGUGUUUUUCAAGAAUUUAGGGCCAGUCAUUCACUUGGGAUAUUCUUCGCAUUACCAACAUUUCACUUUGACUACUAUCCGACUUUUAAAACCCAUGGAAUAAGAGCUUUGCAGGACACAUCGUCUUUUGCCAUUGUUAUUUUCCAGAACAAUUUAAAGUCCAGCUUGAACUUAGCAGACCAUCGUUCACGUUGCGGCUCCUUUCCGCCCAGGAGAGCCUCGCGCCGUAGGUAUGGGCUGACCGGAGCACGGCGGAGGUGAGAUUAACGGGGACGAUGCGGUUGCCCGUCGUUGGCGUCCCGUUUUGGGGUCGCGUCUUGCUGCUGCUGGUCUGUUGGACCGCCUUCGAGGCAAAGCUCGCCCAUGCCUGCCCCAGGCUCAUCAUUAGCGGCUGCAGCUGUACGGACGAGCGAUCGAAGGCUCACGGAACGCCGGCUGUGCGCAAACGGGUGAGCUGUAGUGGCGAGGAACUGUCCGAAACUCCGCAAGUCAGCCUCCUCCCGGAUCGCACCGUUACUUUGAUUCUGAGCAACAACCGCAUCAGGACGCUGAGGAAUGAGUCUUUCUUAGGACUGACGGCCCUGGAGAAGCUGGACCUGAAGAACAACCUGAUCAGCACCAUCACCCCCGGUGCCUUUCGGAGUCUGACCAGCCUCCGGAAACUGGACCUUUCUGACAACCGGAUUGGCUGCUUGACUCCAAGCACCUUCCAGGGCCUGACAAACCUCACCAAGCUGAACCUCUCUGGAAACAUCUUCUCGUCAAUAGAGCCAGGGAUUUUCCAGGAGCUGCCCUCCCUGAAGCUGGUGAACUUCAACUCCGAGUUCCUGUCCUGCGACUGCACCAUGCGCUGGGUUCCUGUCUACCUCCGCUCCAGCUCCGCUCGUCUGGGAGAAGACACCGUCUGCUCGUAUCCCAGAAGCCUCUACGGGAAGCCGUUACGCGGCCUGAGAGAGAAUCAGCUGACCUGCGACGGGCCCCUGGAGCUGCACACCCUCUCCCUCCUGCCUUCCUUACGCCAAGUGGUGUUCAAGGGGGACCGGCUUCCCUUCCACUGUACCGCCGCCCUAGUGGACAAUGCAACCACACUGCACUGGCAACACAACGGCCAGGCCGUGACCGCUGACCCCGAGAAGGGUGUCCACCUUGAAGACAGCAUGCUGCACGACUGCACCUCCAUCACCAGUGAGCUGAUCCUUUCCAACGUGCACGUGGAGGCCAGUGGGGAGUGGAAGUGCAUGGUAUCCACGGACCGCGGCAAUGACUCGCGCAGUGUGGAGAUUGUGGUCCUGGAGAACAGCGCCUCCUUCUGUUCGGAAGAGAGAGUGACGAACAACCGAGGAGAGUUCAGGUGGCCUCGGACCCUGGCAGGGAUCACCUCCUAUCAGUUCUGCCUCCAGCUCCCCUACCCGUCUGUGAGCAUGAGUGGCGACCUAGAGCAGAAGAAGGCCUCGCGUUACUGCGACCGCUCGGGCCGCUGGGAUGAGGGGGACUACUCACACUGCCUGUACACCAACGACAUCACACGCGUCCUCUACAACUUCAUCCUGAUGCCAAUCAAUGCCUCCAACGCAGUGACCCUGGCUCACCAGGUCCGCACCUAUACUCUGGAGGCUGCCGGCUUCUCCGACACCGUCGAUGUCCUGUACGUGGCCCAGAUGAUGUCCAAGUUCAUGGAGUAUGUCCGGCAGUCCCGUGAGCUGUCAGAGGUGCUGGUGGAGAUGGGCAGCAACCUGAUGCAGGUGGACGACCAGAUCCUGUCCCGGGCCCAGAGAGACGAGCGGGCCUGCAGCUCGGUCGUGCGCUCACUGGAAACACUGGCCUGGCCUCAACUCCACAGCAACUCUCAGGACCUGUCUAUGGUGUCCCGCAAUAUCGCCAUGGAAGCGCACCUGAUUCGACCUGCCCACUUCACGGGCAUGAGCUGCACGGCCUACCAGCGGCGCGAGGGGUCCGGGGGCGGAGGCGCCACCGGGCCAGAGGGGGCGGAGCCAUCCCAUGAGCAGCAUCUCCGGUUCCGCUGCACCACGGGGACACACAACGUCUCCUUGCUCACCUUCCCCCUCAAGAAUGCCGUGGCCCUGGCCUCGGUGUCCCUUCCCGCCUCCCUGUUCCCCCCAGACGCCCCCCCGGAGUGCAAGCUGCAGUUUGUGGCAUUCCGCACCGGCCGCCUCUUCCCUCUGACGGGCAACGCGAGCGGCCCCAGCGAGCACGGCCGCCGCCGCCGCAGUGUCAACACGCCCGUCAUCUUCGUGGACUUGGACGGCUGCGGCGUGUGGAACCAGUCGGAGCCGGUCACCGUGUCCCUGCGGCACUCGUCCCCAGGCAGCGACCCAGUGGCGGCCCACUGGAGCCCAAGGGCACCAGAACGGCAGGACGGCUGGAGCCAGGAGGGCUGCCAGCUGGCCCACACUGACCAGGCGCUCUCCACCCUGCGCUGCUCCCUGCUGGGCAACUAUGCCGUGCUCCAGGAGCUGCCGGACUUCCCCGGGCCCACUCCCAGCCCCGUGGAGCUUCACCAGGUGGUCUACACCUGCACGGCCAUCCUGCUGCUCUGCCUCUUCACCAUCAUCAUCACUCACAUUCUGCACCACAGCUCCAUACACAUCAGUAGGAAGAGUUGGCACACGCUGCUCAACACAUGCUUCCAUAUUGCCAUGACGACAGCCGUCUACACGGGGGGCAUCACGCUGACCGGCUACCCCGUUGUGUGCCAGGCGGUGGGCAUCGCCUUGCACUACUCCUCCUUGUCCACGCUGGUCUGGAUUGGCGUCAGCGCCAGGGUCAUCUACAAAGAGGCCGUCUGGCGGUUGCCACGACUACAGGAGGGCGAGUCCCCCGUGCCGCCCACUCAGAGGCCCAUGCUCAGGUUCUAUCUGGUUGCUGGCGGGGUCCCACUCAUCAUCUGCGGCAUCACUGCUGCUGUCAACAUCAACAACUACGGCGACGGCAUCCCAUACUGCUGGCUCGCCUGCCGGCCCAGUCUGGGUGCCUUCUUUGUCCCUGCCGGCCUGGCGGCACUGGUGACAUGGAUCUACUUUCUGUGCACCGUGUCCCGCCUGCGGCGGCGUGGGUCACUGCAGUCCAAACAGCCUCCCGCCUCGGACACGCCGGCCCCGGCUCCCGAGAGCCAGGCGGCGCUGGGCAGGAGCGCCAGCCUCCUCUCCACGGACUCGGCGACGGCCCCAGCGGUGGUACCGGAGGAUCAGCACCCACUGAAGGCUCAGCUUCUUGCCCUCGUGGCCACGCACUUCCUGUACGUGGGGCUCUGGAGCUGCGGCGCCCUGGCCGUCUGGCAGACGGGGCGGAGCAGCCUGCUGUUCAGCUUCCUUUACGGGGUCGUCGCCGUAGGGCUUGGCUGCCUCCUGCUGGCAUUCCACUGCUUCCUGCGCCUCGAUGUCCAAGCUGCCUGGCUAGGAUGCUGUCCGCGGUACCGCCGUGCCCGGCCCGUGCCGAGCUACGUGCAACCCCCGGCCGUGCAGCCCACUGCCUGCGAUCACGGCUCUCAGAUCCUGGUCCCCUCAGGGGAGCCUCCCGGCUCAACCUCUACCCGGUCCUCCUCUACCCCCAGCGGUGUGAGCGGCGUGGGCCCCGCCCCCUGCAAGCUCACCAACCUCCUGCAGGUGGCGCAGGACGGUGCUGGCGACCUCGCCCGAGCCCAUGGCAGCACCAACGGCAACGCCAGCACUGACAACAUCGCCAAGCAGGCCAACAGCAACCUGCUGUCCAGUGCGGCAGCCGCAGGUCAGUCGCAGAGAAAGAAGGCCAGCGGCCGGACUAAGCAGGGCGGGGGCGGUGGGCAGUACCUCCACCGGGGGGAGAGCAGGGGCCACUACCGCCUUCGCGCCCUAAGAGGAGGAGGCGGCGGGGGCAGCGUUGGGGUGCUGGGACCUCCUGGCCUGGAGCAGCUGGGCUCGCAGCCGCCCCACAGACAUGCCUCCAGCGGAAACGGCAGCCUCCGCCAUAGCAACUCUGAGAGCCAGACGAGCCCGCUUGCCAACGGGAGGCGGCUGGGCGAGGUGCCCGUCACCAGCCCAUCGGAAGGCAGCGACGGCGGCAGCAGUGGUAGCCGCCGGCCUUACCCCCUGCUCCCCUCGGUGGCCAGCAGGGCGGCGCAGAGACGCAGCGCGAGCCGGGACAACCUGAAGCUGGCCGCCGCGGCAGAGAGGGAGGCCAAGCGCAGCUCGUACCCGCUCAACGGCGCCCCCGCAGCUCCGAACGGCACGCUGAAGGGCUCCGGGGUGGAGCUGGAUGCCAGUGGCACGGACCGGUCGCAGGGCUCGCUGGGCAUGAAGGGCAGCGUCUGGAAGAGCGAGACCACCGUGUGAUGGGCUGCGGACCAAAGCAGCUUUUACCAAAGGGUCCAAAUGGGCAAAGGGGUUGAUGCAAAUCCAGUCUGGCUUCGAAUAAACAUUUAAUGUGAACGGUCAAUUAAAACUGGUUGAAGUAGCAGAGUAUUCCUAUGGCAGUGAGUUAGGAGUCAUAAGGGAGGUGGCAAUCCUGACCAUUAUCAUCCUGUUUUCCUGCUCGAGGGUCACUGCAACACAUUUGUUCAGGGACAUCUGUCUAUGGCGAGAAUCCAGACCUGGGCUCCACACGGGAAUACGCUACAUAUCUGUUUAUGAAAUAUAAAAGAUAAAUACAGCUAUAGCUUUAUCUUUUAUUGCAUCUUUCAAGAUAAAUACCUAGUCUGUUUUAUAUCUCAUGGGCAUUUAGAAAGCUAGGAGUGGUAAUGUUUUCUGACUCCAUCUUGGAAAAACCACAGGGAAUAUUCAGGCUCUGCUUUGUUCAAUCUUUUUCUAUCUAUGCACAUCACCUUUGGCAGGGAAAGGGAAGCCAGAUAUGCCGUUUUUCAGCGUAAACCAUGAACAUUCCUUCUGUCAAGGACAGAUUUGCUCGUACGCCUAUCUGGUCAUGGGUGUCCAUGUGUUAGGGUGCCUGUGUGUGCAGCUGUAUAAUUUCGACCAGCUUUUUAAUCCGCUGACUGUAAAGUUUGGAAAAUACACAAGUGCUGACAGAUUGGUCAGCAUGUUAGUGAUGACCGCAGGUCAAAAGGUCACGUUUUGACCACUCGGUCAGGCUGCCGUUUUCAAUUUAAGGACCUGUAAGUAUCGUGAAACUGUUCUCCCAAACAGUUCUGUGAAUUCAAAUUUGACUUCACGGUGCAAGCAACAUGGAUCUAUUGCCCUCUUGUGGAUCAGUAAUGUCAUUGCGUGUACACCGAAUCAUAAGGGACCUAAAUCAUGAAUCAACAUAAAUCAGAAAACUGUGGCUGGGUUUUGUAACAUUACACCCUCCAAAAACUGCACUUAUAAGUGGACAUGCAGAGUAUGAAAAUUUGAUUCUUAUGAAAACACCACCUGCUCUUCCUUCUCCAGAUUAUUUACUAGUAUAACUACAUCUGCAGUUCCAGCACAUGUAGUCAGCAAGUGCAGUCAUUCAUGCAUCUUAGAUGAAUCCCCAAUGUUCUGAUCUACAGCAGUUCAUCUGGGGUGUUGAUGUGGCCUGGUAGAAUAUAAAUGACCAAGAAUAACGACAUCCAAUAGCAUCACUUAUGGGUCAGAACAAUCAGCCAUCAAAUUAAGGGCUAUCCAUUUCACAGAGCACCGUUGUUUACAUAGUAAUAUACAAGUAUAGCCUAUUGUAAUACCAAUAAUAACAUGGCCUCAUAGAACAUAUGUAGAAUUCUGUAGGCCACAAGGAAGCUUCUGCUUAUCCACUGCAAAUCGCCACAGGAUGUUGCUAUAGGUGUAUUCAGGGAAAUAAUCGUUGCCAAAGAAUGAUCAGUAUUAAAUACCCUUACAGCAUCACUCCUAACCAAGAGAAUUUACUGUUAAGAUAUUUCCAGUGGAUGUUCUCCUACCAGACUUGAAACCUCCUCCAGAAAGUCUUAUGUGGAGGCAUUUAAUCAUGACAUCCUGAGCUUUGACAAAGAUUCAGAGACACGUAACAUAUUUUUAUUUACGUUAGACACUGUACAAUUAGGUUAGUUCUUUCCUCUGCUAAUUAUUUUCAAAGGAGGAAUCUGUACUGUGUGUCACUUGAUGGAUACAGACUGAUCCAUAGAGUAGCCUGUCAAACAUCAAAGCUACGCACAGGGAAACAUUUUGGCCAAAAAAGUGCUAAAACAGUUUCAUUAUUCCAUUAAAAUGCCAUUAAAUCCGAUGAAAUGGAAUUCAGUAGUUUCAUUUUCAUCUAUUGUAACAUUGGUUUUGGCGUUUGUUAAAAAAAAAAGAGUCAGAAGUAUCGCAGUAAUAGAGCU